UACCACAAGAGUUUUACUUUUUAAUACCCAAACCCUAGCUUUUCAGCAUUGUGCUUCCUGCUCCCACUAGUUUGAACUAUUCCCUGUUGUAGUUCUGACUUGUACACAAACUUGGCUUUGGCUGUUGGACUGUCACUGUGCCUGUCAGUGUCAGUGAGAGACAUGCAAGAUGGGUUUGUUCAGUCAGCAUCAGUUUGUUCUGGAUUUAGACUGUACUCAAUUCCCUUAUAAGAAAAAACAACAACUCAGGAAGGCAGUCACUGAUAAUGGAGGAGUCAUCUCAUAUAUCCUCACCAAGAAGACAUCCUUCUUAGUUGCCAGCAAUGGAGCCAAGACAGCUGACUCUUAUAAAGGCCGCACUGCCCAGAAGCAAGGGGUUCCCAUUGUUGGAGUCAGCUUUAUAGAGAAAUGUGUAGAGGAGGGACGCUUGCUGGACAAAGAUGACUUCCUAUUGGUUGGCACUACUGCAAACAUGCAGUUUGGCUCAGGCAAAAUCACAACAACCAAGAUGCAUCAUGAAACAAAGAAGCCGGUCAAAAUAUCCUUUUUCAACAUCAACAAGUUCAAGGUCUGGCAGUGGGGAAACAUCAAUUCGCCAGCUUUCCUUGAGGACAACUAUGAAGUGGCUAAAAGUGUUCUUUUUGAGAAGAAAGAAGUCCGAAGCCAAGAGAGAUCUUUCUACCAGCUUGAGUUACAUGUCAUUCCUGAUGAUGUGUUUGAUGGAACUUCAACAGAAAUUUACAACGAUGAAUUGAAGUAUAGAUUCAGGGUGUUCAUCCAUAGAGGGGAUCUACAUGAUGUGAUGAAUGAGGAUUCCGGCAUUCGAGAAGUCAUGUAUUGUGAGUCAAGUGAGUCUGCAGUGGAGUUAUAUAGCUUUCUUUAUAACCAGCGUCUCAAAAUGAAAAGGAGUAAGAGGCCAGCAUCAAGAUGGAUUGGAUCUCCACGAUACAGACAGAAUCAACUAGCAAUUUCAGGAGAUUGUGACGGAGAGAUGAGCCCAGAAGUUGCUUCACUUGUGGAAGGUUUAUGGAAGGAGGUCAUAGGUGAACUAGAAGAUGUCUUAGCGGUAGACAUCAAGACUCUGUCUGCUGAAAAGGUGACUAAAGCAGAGAGCAUUCUUCUACAAAUCAAGAAAGCACUGGAUGCUGAGGACACUGAUGAUGAGAGUGGAUCUGAGUCAGACAUUCAAGAACUGAGUCAGGAAUUCUACAGUCAGAUACCACACAAGAUACAUCAUAAAGAAGACUUCAAGACAAAGAGUGUAAUCGCUAAGAAGCAAGACCUCUGCCAGCUUAUUAAAGACAUUGUAAGUGUGAGUGAGACAACCAACUGGUCGAAGCGAAGCAGUGUACAGUCCAAGUAUAGAGCCCUGCGGUGUCACAUCAGUUGCCUUCCUGUCAAUCAUCCUGAAUGCAACGACAUUAAGAACUUAAUACUCUCUACACAAGGGAAGAUCUGGCCAGUUAAGAUUUUGAACAUUUUUGCUGUGACCCGCCCUCUGGAGUUGACUAGCUACAACACUAAGCUUCAUAAUAGUCAACUGCUGUUCCAUGCAUCAAGACCAGCUAACUUUGUUGGUAUUCUGUCUCGGGGUCUUGUUCUACCUAAGGUAGUUGUGGAUGAUUUUGGAGGUGAGAGGACCGAUGCUGGAAUGCUGGGAAGUGGAAUUUAUUUUGCUGAUAGCUUUGGUACAAGUGCCAAGUACUCACACACUAGCCAAACUACAGGAACUCGACUCAUGGCAGUAAACCAAGUAGCACUAGGAAGCUGUCAUGACACAACGGUCUAUCAGAAAGAUCUCCUGAAGCCACCUGAUGGAUUCCACAGUGUACAUGGCGUCAAGCACAAUGGCACCAACCAUUCAGACUUUAAGGACGAUGAAUAUGUUGUGUACAACACAAAUCAACAGCGACUUCGUUUCUUGAUUGAGUUUUCAUUACCCGAUGAUAAACCGACAACCUUACCUGUGUGUGACAAUGAGGGCGCUAAAGAUGUCGAAGAAGACGUUGAUGUGGAUAACAUUACAGAAGCGCUAUCAACUCCCAUUGAUCUCAGCGAUGUGAAAAGUGUAGAGAAUCCUCUAACAAAGAUUACGCCUGGUCUUCUCUCUAAUGCUGAUCAACCUAUACCAUUGAAAGCUGUCCAUGUAAGAGCCAGGCUACUAGACUUGGCUGCUCAGGUUGUUGUUCUCCAAGUCUAUGCUAAUGAUAGUGACAUGCCAAUAGAAGCCAAGUAUGUAUUUCCCCUGGAUGAACAAGCUGCAGUGUGUGGUUUUGAAGCAUUCAUUAAUGAUAAACACAUCGUGGGUGAAGUGAAGGAGAAAGAAACUGCUCACAGGGAAUAUAAAGAAGCAAUAAGUCAAGGUCAUGGAGCAUACCUCAUGGAUGAGGAGAAACCGGAUGUUUUCACUGUGAGUGUUGGUAAUCUCCCGCCUCUUACGACUGUUGUCAUCAAGAUAACCUAUGUUGCUGAGCUCGCCGUUGAUGGUGAUAAGAUUCUCUUUACAUUACCAGGGAGUGUAGCACCAUGGAGGAAAGACGACGCUUUAGCUCAGGAGACUCAGACAUAUGUUAAAACAGUCAAAGUCAAUUCAGACACAAAGAGAUCUUUAUCAGUUCAUGUUGCCGUGGAGAUGCCCUAUGACAUCCGAAGCUUGGAGUCUCCAACUCAUCCAAUCAAACAAAAGCAAACAGCAGCUAAAGCAACUGUCUGCCUGUCAGAAAAGUGUAGCGGACUUGAUGAUGGAUUCCAACUUCUGAUUGGCUUAGCGGAGAUUCAUGUUCCCCGAAUGUGGGCGGAGAGACACCCCACAGAGAAGGACAGCCAAGCAUGCAUGCUGACCUUCUACCCUGAGUUUGAUGCUAACAGCUCUAGCCAAUCAGAAGUGGUGAUUCUUUUGGACUUGUCCAAUUCAAUGCGAGGAGGAAGCAAUCUGCAAGAUGCAAAGAAACUUGUGAUGUUGAUCCUUCAUCAUAUGGCCAAGGACUGCAAGUUCAAUAUCGUUGUUUUUGGAACGGAUUUUGAAGAGUUGUUUCCUCAAAGCAAAGUCAUGAACAAAGAGACAAUGAAAACAGCUCAGAGCUUCAUUCAAGGUCUUUCAGCCACUAUGGGCAACACAGAUGUCUGGCGCCCUCUUAAGGCAUACUUUAUGCUGAAAACUGGACAACUCAGAAAUAUCUUUUUGAUAUCUGAUGGCCACGUUAGCAAUGAAGAAGCCACGCUGGAAACGGUUCGUAAGAACUGUCGUCACACAAGGGUCUUUACAUUUGGUAUCAGUGCUACAGCUAAUAAGUAUCUCCUGCGUGCAGUGUCCAAUACUGGAGCUGGUGCCUUUGAGUUCUUUGAUAACAAGACCAAGUCCAAAUGGGAAGGCAAGGUCAAGACACAGUUAAGUAGAGCCUCACAGCCGGUUCUGUCAUCUGUCAACGUGAAAUGGUGUCAGUUUGACGAUGAUGCUCCAACUCCGAUCCAAGCACCCAAUCACAUCACUUCAUUAUUCAGUGGUGCUCGGCAGGUUGUUUAUGGCUUUGUACCAUAUUGCACUCAGGCUACAUUAACAGCAACAAUUAAUGGCAAGGAGGUAUCUACAAUGGUAUCAACUCAUGAGCUUAGCAUCACACAGGGAAAGAUUUUGCAUCAGUUGACAGCCCGCAACAUCAUUCGUGAUUGGGAGGAAGGUUCCUUAGCAACAGAUCACACCCAACAUGAGGCAAGGAAAGCUGAGCAGAAGACGUACAUCGUCAGCUUGAGCAAGAAGUAUUCCAUUGUUACUCAGUUUACUAGCUUUGUGGCUGUGGAGGUCAGAGAUGAGAAUGAAGGUGAAAAAGUGAGGUCAGGGGUCAACGUAACUGAUCUUUUGAAGGAGGAGGAAGUUGAUUCUUUAAAAUAUUUGAACUGGCAGAAUGAUCAUUCCCAAGAUGCACCUGAAGAAACCAUGACUAUAGAGGAAUUUGAGGAUUUCUAUGGCAUCGAGCAGUGUUAUGAGGAAUGUUAUGAAACAUUUGAAUCCUACAACGUUCUGGAUAGCAUGGAAAGUACUGACAAUAAAAUGGAUGACGACGAUUAUAUGUGUGCCUAUUCAGCUAAUGACAUGGAUUAUGACGAAGUUGCAGAUGAAGAUGAGGAUAUUAUGGACUCAUUCGGACUCCCUGAGGUGGAAGCGGAGUACGAGUUUCCAGUAGAAGCUCAGCAAGCAAUAUCAAAGAUCAGACGUCGCUUCAUUUCAUCAGAGGGGGGUAAAAUAAAGGGAGAAAAGAAAGAACAUGUAAAAUUAUCAUGCCGACUUAAAAAGAGGUCACCAUCAGCAGUUGGUGCGUUGAUGGAGGAAACGACAAAGGUGGAAAAACAACAACAACAGCAGCGACAGCAGCAGAUGUGGCAAAGCAUUCAAUCAGACGUUACAUGUGAUGAAAAAAGGAAGAAGAAGAAGAAGAAGAAGGCGGGACCCAAGUUGGAUGAAGAUGUCAGAACAGACUCUAGGGAAGCAAGUGAGGUUCAACAACAGCCCAUGUCUAACAGAUACAGCCUUUCUGAUGGGGUAUCUCAAGAUUUAUUGCCUGAAUUGAAAAUUGUCAAUGAGACGAUGCCUAAGGGCUUUGAGAAAUUUAAAAAACAAGUGGAAGGUUCAAAUAAAAAGAAGGAAGUACCAGCUAGUUCGGAGGCAGUAUUUGACAGUUCAAUGUCAGAAAUUAACAAUAGCUUGUUUGAAGAACCUCUACUGACAUCUGGACUUAGGUCAUCUAGAUUGAGCAUCAAAGCUUCCCUACAAUCACUGCCACAUCUGUCACUCAUGUCAUAUGCAUUAGGAUCAUCUGUGGAAAAAGGCCCUCCAUCACUACCACCCCCAAUCCCAAGUGCAUCUGGGUUAUCUGUAACCGAUAGAGGUGAGUCGCCAGUCAACACAACAUUCCAAGCAGCAAAACAAACUGAGGCAUCUACUUAUGGAGAAUUUGGUUCAUCUCAGCAGCCAGCUAUGUUUAAGGGACUUCCACCACCCACACCACUAGCACUAAGAACUGGAUCAGUGGGAUUUGGAGAAGCCAAGGCAGGUUUGUUUGGUGGACCUUCACCACCACCACGAGCAGCUGAGUCAGUGGGAUUUGGAGAAGCCAAAGCAGGUUUGUUUGGUGGACCUCUACCACGACGACCAGCACCUAGGGCAGGAAGAAUUCGAGACACCAAUGCAUGUUUGUUUGGUGGACCUCCAGCACCAGCACCUAGGGCAGGGGAAUUUGGAGAAGCCAAGUCAUUAUCGUUUGGUGGACCACCACCAAGACCACCUUCACCCAGGGCAGUGGGAUUUGGAGACGCCAAGUCAUUAUCGUUUGGUGGACCUCCACCACCACCACCACCAGCACCUAGGGCAGUGGGAUUUGGAGACGCCAAGUCAUUAUCGUUUGGUGGACCUCCACCACCACCACCACCAGCACCUAGGGCAGUGGGAUUUGGAGACGCCAAGUCAUUAUCGUUUGGUGGACCUCCACCACCACCACCAAGGGCAGUCGGCAUGGUGGGAUUUGGAGAAGCCAAGUCAUUAUCGUUUGGUGGACCUCAACCACCACCACCAGCACCUAGGGUCGGGGGAUUUAGAGAAGGCCAAGCAGGUUUGUUUGGUGGACCACUACCGCCACCACCAGCAGCUGGGUCAGUGGGAUUUGGAGAAGCCAAGUCAUUAUCGUUUGGUGGACCUCCACCACCACCAGCAGCACCUAGGACAGGGCGAUUUGGAGAAGCCAAGGCAGGUCCGUUUGGUGGACCUCCACCACCACCUUGGGCAGGGCGAUUUGGACAACAACAGCAACAGCAGCAGCAAAUUGUUGUAAUUCCACCACCACCACGAGCAGCUGAGUCAGUGGCAUUUGGAGAAGCCAAAGCAGGUUUGUUUGGUGGACCUCCACCACCACCACGAGCAGCUGAGUCAGUGGCAUUUGGAGAAGCCAAAGCAGGUUUGUUUGGUGGACCUCUACCACGACGACCAGCACCUAGGCCAGGGGGAAUUCGAGACACCAAUGCAGGACCUCCACCACUACCACCUAGGGCAGGGCGAUUUGGAGAAGCCAAGGCAGGUUUUUUUGGUGGACCUCCAAAAAGUGCUGAUAAGUUGUCGAUGCCCUUGAGUGCCACUUCUAAAGACAGACUCUGUGAUAUUGACAAAGAUAUGGACAUUGAGACCAGUGUUAGGAUUAGUGAUGGUAGCACUAACAUCGAUGGAGUUAUGGUUCUUCUUACACAACAAAGGAAGGCUGGAUUUUGGUCAUUUGGGUCUGUUUUUGAGUCAGUUGUGGGGGUGAGGUGCUCAUACAUUUCACAGAUGUUGAUUGAUGCUGGUGUAAAAUCACUAGGGAGCAACGUGGCUCGACUUCUUGAGCAGCUUGUAACAACAUACCUCGUCAUUCUCUGCCUAAACAAGGUUCUGAACCUCUCAUCAACUCGCCACUUCAAUAGCAAAGAAAGAGAGAGUACUGUAGAAGCGGUUGUGAAUGCAGAGAGAUGGGUAGCCCAGGUCGAGAGGGAUCACCCAUCCAUGGCUCGACGUCUAGAACUUGGAAGUAGUUGGCAUGAGGUCUGUACCAACAUCUUUCAACCUCUCAUCAACUCGCCACUUCAAUAGCAAAGAAAGAGAGAGUACUGUAGAAGCGGUUGUGAAUGCAGAGAGAUGGGUAGCCCAGGUCGAGAGGGAUCACCCAUCCAUGGCUCGAUGUCUAGAACUUGGAAGUAGUUGGCAUGAGGUCUGUACCAACAUCUUUCAACCUCUCAUCAACUCGCCACUUCAAUAACAAAGAAAGAGAGAGUACUGUGGAAGCGGUUGUGAAUGCAGAGAGAUGGGUAGCCCAGGUCGAGAGGGAUCACCCAUCCAUGGCUCGACGUCUAGAACUUGGAAGUAGUUGGCAUGAGGUCUGUACCAACAUCUUUCAACCUCUCAUCAACUCGCCACUUCAAUAACAAAGAAAGAGAGAGUACUGUGGAAGCGGUUGUGAAUGCAGAGAGAUGGGUAGCCUAGGUCGAGAGGGAUCACCCAUCCAUGGCUCGACGUCUUGAACUUGGAAGUAGUUGGAAUGAGGUCUGUACCAACAUCUUUAAGGGAGGUAAAGAAGUUGCACAGGUGGCGAAUUGAACCAAGACAAGAUUAAAAGGAUAGUUACAUGAUUAAAGGCAUGGUGUACUUCUGGUAAUCUUCAAAGACAAAUAUUCUCACUCGGUGUAUCCCUAUAUAUGCAUAAAUUAAACUUGGGUACAAUUGGUUUUUAAAGUUGCACAAAUAUAAUUGAAGAAAAAACCAACCACCAUUUCAUGAAAGUGUGUGCUUUCAGAUGCAAGUGAAAAGGGUUUGUGAAAACUACCUCUUUCUCUAAAACUACAUUUCUUCAAAACGUGUAUUUCAAAAUGUCACCACUCAACAAAAUGAACUAGACACAGGUUGAAUUAUUGUGGUGUAUAUUGGAUAGCAGAGGAGAGCAUGUUUUGGCUCUAACACCAAUAAUAAAGAAUCUUGUCAGACCAACUAGGAAAACAAUGAAAUAAAAAUCUUUGACUUGCUUCAGAAUAGUGCCAAGAGAAAAAAACAAUCUGUUUCCCCCAAAACACGUCUAAACAAGAAAAACAAUGAAAUAAAAAUCUUUGACUUGCCUCAGAAUAGUGUCAAGAGAAAAAAACAAUCUGUUUCCCCCAAAACACGUCUAAACAAGAAAAACAUAAAUAGACAAUGGGUAUAUUUUGCUGCGAGAUAAAGCUGUCCCUUGUAUAUUUGAUCCCUUUUUCUAUCAUUUUUAUUUUCAUAAUGAAAUCCGAUAUUGUCUUUCAAAAUUAACAACAGAUUAUACAGAACAACUCAAUCUUAUGUAAACAAUAAUUUUUGUGAACAAAUAAAUUGUUAGAAAUAUAAAUAUAAUUGACCCUUUGCAUAUUGCCAACAAGAGUUAAACAGCGCCCUCACUCAGUCUAAAUGAAGGCCUCUCAUUGGCUGAUAGUUUUGUAUGGAGUGUAUACUUUUGCAUGAUUCCAUUGUUUGACCUAUGCAUUGGUUGGCCUAUGUAAGGGGCAUGUGUAUAAUGUGGAUGUAAUUUAUAUUUUUUUAUGAAUGCAGAUAAUGUAUUACUAUGGAUACAUAACAAAUGGCUGACUGUAUUUUUUUUAUCUUACAAUAUUGCUAUUCAGGACAGUUCAACCAUUUAGAUUAAUAUAGUGUUAAAAAAAAGUAUGCUAACAUUUAAUCAGGCAAAUUAGAUACAUUAUAGUCAAGCCAAUUUGUUAUAUAUAAUAAAGCAAAUUAUAUGCAAUAAUCCCUUUCCCCUCUUUUUUUCUAUAAAUGGAUAUGUAUUUGUUUGUACUUAUUUUAUGCCUCUGAAGAAGGUCCGGUUUGGAUUGGAAGCUAAGGCCAUCUACCCUAUUCAUUAUUAAUAAUGCAAAUUAGAUACAUUUAAUAAUGUUAUUUAGAUACAUAUAUUACUGAUAAUUAGAUACAUAUAAUUAUGCAAGUAGAUACAUAUAACGCAAAUCAGAAUUACCAUAAUCAUUGAGACAGUGUGCCUUGUUUUCUAAUUGACGAAACAACAGCUAUAGUUUUCUGAAAAUUUACACUUUUAAUAUAUAAUCUUGCCCUUACUGCUCAAAAAAAUAAUAUUAAAAUUGACUGUUCAGUCCGUAUCCAUAUUAAAAACAAAUGCGUCUAUGGUUACAAUUGUUAUUACAAACAACUCGUUCAGCUUCAUAGGAGUAAGAGAUUGCCUAGUUUAAAAUGUUAUUAGAUUGUUUCUCGGGUUUGAUAGAACCUAUUUUAAAUA